UCUGCGCUUGUGUUUCGGGCAGCUCAAUAAAUUUGGGAAGAGAGAAUAUGUGUACGCUGAGCUGAUAAGAGAUUUUGUUUAAAAGGGCUUUCGGCAAGCUAUCAAGGAGACACUUUGGGAGGUGAAGAUGCUGUUCACUCUGUUCCUGCUACUACCAAUCAUCAGUUCGGCUUUGGCCUGGAUUCCAGUGGAGGACUGGGGGUCUGGUAAUGUGACGUCGUCUGUGGGAAGUUUGGGUGAGUGUGUUUGUCACGUGUUCCUGCCUGACACCACCUUCCCUGCUGAUCGGCUGCAGCACAUGCAGGAGGUUAGCAAGGAUCUGAUCCAGGAAGUGCAGAUACAAAUGAACAAGAUAAGUUCUUACGAAGAAAAGCUGGAGUCCAACUUGAGAGAACUGAAAGGGCUGCUGGACAGAGUCACCAUCAUGGGCACAAGUGCUGACGACUACGUCAAACUGGACUUUGAGCUGCUCAGAAUUGAGCUCAGAGAGUUUGAAUCUCUGGUGUCUCAGCUCAAAGAUGCCUUCAAUUCCUCCUCACCCGUGUUUGACUCUCUCUAUACCGAGAUCCGCAACAUGACUCUCAUUGUGAACCAACUGGAGACGUACGACAAGAGCAACCUGGAAGUGAUUCGCUUCCAGUUUGUCAAAUUGCGGAAGAAGCUGGAGGAGUGCCAGAAGGAACAGGAGUUCUCAAAACCAGAUAUCGGCAACUGCAAUCACACAGGAAUCGUGAGACUCAGCAAACCCAUAGUUGGCCAACUGAACUCUCAUUUGCAGCCAGGUUACAUUUAUGGCGGAUGGGGGAAGGAUUCCAAACCCAUUAAAGGUUCUGAGUCCAUGUACUUCUACAGUGGGUACAGUAGUACCACAACAAGUCACUUCUAUUUUUACCCGGACUAUAAACACCUGCUUCUGAUGUCAUCAUCUGGAUACAUUGAAUUUCCAGCUGGUUAUAGAGGCUACGGUAACAAUUACAUCAUUCAUAGCAACAGUGUUUAUUAUCAGAGAAGUUCGCCUUUUAGCAUGGGCAAGUACAAUCUGACCAAUGGCGCAUAUGAUUCAAGAGUGAUCCCAACUGCUAGCCUGGCCUUCUCAUACAGUUACUCGAGUUACCAGAACCUGGAUUUUGCAGCAGAUGAAAAAGGAUUGUGGGUAUUGUAUGCCUCUGAGGAGAGCAAAGGCAAAAUAGUUAUCGCAAAAAUAGACGAGAAAGGCUUUGGCAUUGAGAAUGUGUGGAACACGGCCGCGUACAAACAGAUGACGGGCAACGCUUUCAUGGCCUGUGGAGUCAUGUACGCCACCAGAGCUGUGGACCUGAACACGGAGGAGAUCUACUACGCCUUUGACACCAAGAGUGGCGAGGAGAAACAUCUCAGCAUUCGCUUUCCCAAGUUCCAGGAGAAAUAUUCCAGCCUGGACUACAAUCCCACCGAUCAGCUCCUCUAUAUGUACAACAACGGCUACUACGUGUCCUACUAUGUGAAGUUUGACAUGGCGUAGCUCCCUUCUUUGGGAUCGACUGCAUUGUGAUUGAUGUGGUUGAUCUGUCUGUUGCUCGGUGCAAGCCUACCCACGUUUCCUGUCUUCUCCUCAAU